AUGCACCAGCAAAUAACGGAGACACAUCUGGCGAAAAUAAACACAAAGUUCAACAGAAUUUAUAAGACGUGCGGGGCCACUAUUCUCAGAAUUCACCGCGAACCCCCAGACAACUUCGGACUCAUGCUCGGACGUUUUGUGCGAGGUCGGUUUCCAGAAACCCAUGCUGCCGAUGCGGCUCUCCGCCUCCUUCACGGACUCGAAAAACGCCGACGUGUCAAACUCAGUUCUCGCCGGAGGAUUUGUACCUCCGAGGCUCGAAUAGGCGGUUUGGGUAGAAGGAUUUUAGAUCUCUCAGUCUCCAUCUUCAAGAAAAGGAAGAACCCGACAAAGGUUGCAACCUAA